UUAUUUUGUAGUGUAGUGAAGCUUGUUUGAUAUUUAUACUAUAUUUUAACACAGUAUCAUCUUUUUCGUCAUUUAAUAAAUACCGACUCUACACACACACACACGUUACACGACUCUACACACGUUAUAAAGACAAAUUAACAUUAGAAUUAUCUCGAAUAGAAGUGUUAUAUUAUCAACCAGAUAUCAUAACCUAGAAAUACCCAAGCCGUGUUAAAAUGGGUGAAAGAUAUAAUAUCCACAGUCAACUAGAGCAUCUUCAGAGCAAAUACAUCGGUACCGGGCAUGCCGACACCACGAAGUACGAAUGGUUAACGAACCAGCACAGAGAUUCUUGCUGCAGCUACAUGGGACAUCCAGACUUGCUGAGCUACUUCGCUAUUGUAGAAAAUGAAUCUAAAGCUCGAGUGAAGUUCAACUUGAUGGAGAAGAUGCUGCAGCCGUGCGGCCCGCCGCCGGAGAAGCCUGAAGAUUAAUUCUAAGUGUGCACUAAGCUGUUCUUUUAAAUCUGUUCGGAUAUUCUCUUAGUUUGGAAUGACUUUAUUUAAUUAGUGAAAAUGUUUAGCAAAUACGAAUGGGAUCAUAAGCUUUAAGUUAUGUACAAUUGUCUUGACUCUUUCCGUGUAAUUGUCAUAGUCAUGUGCAGGAAUGACAAAUUAUGUUUAAAAAUAGGUAAUAAGCUCCGAAUGUGGCUAAAAAUUAUUAAGUAGUUUCCGUUUUACAGUUUUUAUCUAUUUUUUGGCUAGUAUAAAACAUUCCUGCACCCAAUACCCUGGGAUAUGCUAAUUGUUGACAUAACAAAGCAAACUAUUUUUUAACUGAUACUGCCAACUGAUGUGUAUAAAAGAACAGUUCUGUAAAAACAGCUCUUAAUUAAGGCUAUAAGUAUUCAUAAGGAUAUUUUUAAUAAAACACAAUCGAAACUUCA